CCUUACACUCUUUUCUUCGUCGGUGACGCUUGCUACCCUCAUACCACAAUGAAGUCCUUCCUUGCUCCCCUCGCGUUCGUUACGGCCUUGGCCUCCAGCGUUCUCGCUCAAGUUACAGUCAACACUCCCGUCAGCGUCGUCGUUUGCCAACCUAUUCAAUUCACAUGGACAGGUGGAACCUCCCCUUACUUCUUGGCACCAUCCUCCCUGCCAACCAACCCUCUGCCACUGCCCUGAUCGACUUUGGCAAGCAAACCGGCAACUCCGUGACAUGGGUCGCCAAUCUUGGUGUUGGAACAUCCGUCUUCCUUAACUUGAAAGAUUCCAACGGUGUUGUUGGUCAAUCCGGCACAUUCACCAUUUUGACUGGAUCUGACAUCAGCUGCGUUGGAAAAUCCAGCGCUGCUCCCUCGGCUACUGGCGCCACCUCAUCGGGUGCUGCUGCUGCUACCGCGUCAGGCAACUCUACGAGCACCUCUACAGGGACGAAAUCCACGGCCACUACGAAAAGCGCUGCCUCUUCCAAAUACCCACAAGUGGGCAUUGCGGGCAUGGUCGGUGCUGCCGUCCUGGCUCUCUUUGUUUGAACACCGCUUUUUCGAUCGUGCCACGCUCCUUAAUGUAGAUGAUUACAAGUAUCUAAAGUGGAUUUAUUACAUAGUACAUAAUUACCGCCAACGUCUUUGAUCCUCGA